GAAGCAGUGUUUACAUACAGUCAUCUGAAAUCACCAUGAAUAUACGUUUUAGUAAGGCUGAAAUUAAGACCAUAGUCAAGGCCAAUGGAGGAAAUGGCAAAAUGAUUGGAGCACUGCUAUCACCGGGAGGAAGUACUGCAGGAUUUCCUCCCAUUUGUGUGUGGUCUGUGCAGCGGCGUUUUCUGACUUGUUCCAACAGCCUCGACCACCGGAGCAGAGAGGCACACUCCUGUUCGGAGGAGCCGGAGAAAAAGGAGCCCCGGAUUACUGGAGGGAAUAAGAGUUAUCCGUGCUCGUUUCAAGACUGCAAGGGGAAGGAGCUGCUGCCAGUAAUCUGUCCGCAGUGUGCAAAGCAUUUCUGUUUGGCCCACCGUCACCAAGAUGAUCACGAGUGUGAGAAGUUGGAGGUCCAGAAGCCUCGAAUGGCAGCCACAAAAGAACUGGUGCAAAAGAUCGUAGAGUCAAAGGACAAAUCCAAAACUAAAGGACGAAGAGGGGCGAAGAACAGCGCCACCGCAGCUAAAGUAGCCUUAAUGAAACUGAAGCUGCAUGCUGCUGGAGACAAGGGGCUGCCCCAGACUGAGAGAACUUAUUUCCAGGUUUAUCUGCCGAAGGACUCCAAAGACUCAAGCCAGCCGAUGUUCUUCUGUUCCGAGUGGAGCGUGGGGAAGGUGGUGGAUUAUGCAGCCUCUCUGGCGAGCCUGAAGAACAGCAACAACGUCCUGACAGCGAAGAAGCUGCGGUUGUGCCACCCUCAGACGGGGGAGGCUCUCCGGAUGGAUGACACCCUGGUCUCUCUGCUCUCUCACCCAGAAACCCCCCUGUUUAACGGGGGAGAGGUGGUGCUGGAGUACCUGGACAACCAGAGUAGCGGCCUGGAUGUGUCUGACUAUAUCACCCAGCUUUAACUAAAUACCACCGCAAGGAAGAUUUCAAUAUGUUCUGUAAAUAAAAUGUCCGUCUAGAAAAGUU